AUGGAGAUGAGAAGUAACGUAGAUCAUUAUUGCUGUAUCAUCUUGCUAUCGGACCUGUAUGACUGGUGUCUUCUGCUCUGUCGUAGCCUGCCUGAUGUGGAAGGUUGUAACAAGAGAGCCUGUGACGGUCUCAAGAAGGCACUGCUCUCCCUGAAGCUCCGCAUCCUCAAUAAGCCAUCCAGGAACUGGAUUGUCGAGUUCUUGUUUGCCAAGGCCCCGCUAGAGACUACUAACAAGAAAGAAUCAGGUCCGGUGCAGCGUGUCAUUUUCAUGCAUGAGCUAAACUUGGACAACCUUAAGAAGGUGGUGAAGGAGGUGAUUGAUGAGUGGUACUCUAUCUGUCACCUCUACAGCCUCGUCGCUGAUUUCGCUGAAAUCUACAAUGACCAGCGGUCAGGACUGCGGAGCACUGUGGAUGUCCACUCCUACAGCUACAGGAAGCUCACCCUAGUGUACGGCCCCAACAGGUCCAGUCUGAUACACAUCCAGUGGAAGAGCGACAGUAAACAGUUCGUGGUGACCUUCGGCACGAUAGGACCCUCCAUCACCAUCAACCCACACGUCAUAAUGUCCACACAGAUACAGCAGGAACUCAGCUGUCACAGAAAUCUCGCUCAGAUUGCUCAG